GACAACUGUAAUGUUUGUUAUGUAGCUCUUGUCAAAUAUGAACUGUGCCAGAAAUGCCUUUAAUAUAUAUUUUCUACCUUCAUAAAUAAAGGAAGACAUAAAAUGAUUGUGAGAGCAGAGUAUCCCACAUCAGUGUUUUGUAUCAUUGCUACAGAAUUCUGCGAAAGGUUUUCAUUUUGUGGCCUAAGAACGAUCUUGUCUUUAUACCUGCGAAACAUACUGCUCUUCUCUGAAAAUACAUCGACUGUGGUGUACCACGUUUUCAUAAUGUGUUGUUACAUUAUACCUUUGGUGGGCGCCAUAUUGGCGGAUAGCUACUUCGGAAGAUAUAAGACUAUCAGGAAUUUUUCUCUGAUCUAUCUGGUUGGUAAUACUCUUAUGUGUAUAGCAGCAGUUCCUACUUUGGAUGUAGCACCAAUCACCUUUUCAAUGAUCGGCCUAGCGCUGAUAGCUAUUGGAACUGGAGGUAUCAAGCCUUGUGUGGCAGCAUUUGGUGCAGAGCAGUUUGAUCUGCCAGCUCAAAAAGAACUGCAGUCACAAUUCUUUUCUGUAUUUUACUUCGCCAUCAAUUUAGGAGGCUUCGUUGGCAUGGUUCUAACGCCGGUUAUGAAGAAAGCUGUGACCUGUUUUGGAGAAGAUACCUGUUAUGCGGUGGGGUUUGGGUUUCCUGCUGCACUCAUGGUGUUGUCUUUAUUAUUAUUUGUGAUUGGAAAGAAUUUCUACAAACUGCGCAUCCCUAAGAAGAAUGUCAUUCUACAGUUCAUUCGAUGUGGUUCGGAAGCUAUGCAUCUACUUGAUCUCAAUGAGCUAGAAAUUCCCCUAUAUAGAUGUAGUAUGCUUUAAGGCAAAAAUCGAACGAAAAAGGUGAAAUUGGUCGAUCGCAUUGGUUGGACUACGCUAAAGGAAGAUUUAGUGCCAAAGUCAUCGAAGAUAUGAAAGUUGUUUGCUCCAUCUUGUUAUUGUAUGCUCCAUUGCCACUGUUUUGGUCUUUAUUCGAUCAGCAAGGCUCUAGAUGGACGUUUCAGGCUUCACAUAUGAGCGGGUACGUUCUUGGUACUCAGAUAGUACCUGACCAGAUGCAGGUUGUAAAUCCAGCGAUAGUUCUCAUACUCAUACCAGUAUUUGAUCGAGUGUUAUACCCGUGCUUUUCAAAACUAAAUGUCCUUGAAAAUUCAUUGCAUCGAAUGGCACUUGGUGGUAUAAUGGCUGGUCUCGCCUUUUUCUCUGCUGGCAUUUUGGAGCUGGCCCUAGAAACUACUUAUCCAGAACUUCCUUCCGAACACCAUGCUUCAGUGAACGUCAUGAACACUUUGCCAUGUUCCCUCACGAUCCAAAAUCCGUUCGACGAAGCACGGACGGUCAGAUCUGGCGAGAUUCAUAAGUUUGCUGACAUUCCAGCUCACAACUAUACAAGAUAUACCUUCAGUGUGGAAGCACCUUUGCAGUGCGGGUCCCUCAAGUUCAACAAGCGAACUCAUAGUUUGGAUGUGGUAUCUGUAGAGAAUCAGAUUGAUAGUGUCCUCAUUGGUACCAGCAUCCACAAUGAAAUACAAGCUUUUAUCACAGACCCAGUGGAUUUCAAAAAAUCAUUGAGUGGUAAACCAAGAGUGAGGAUAGCUUAUAUCAAGUCAUCUAGAUCUCUCACAAACGUGACAGUGAGCUUAAUAUCUAGUUCAGGACUGCAGGACGUAUAUUUUGUACACGACUAUAGCUCAAAGUCCAGUUUAGCUGUGUCAGAGUAUAUGGAAUUGCCCCAGGGAGUGUAUGAAUGCAGAAUAAGCAGUAGCGAAAACCCACACUUGUAUGAAAAACACUUCCAUCUAGCUUUAGGAGGGGUAUAUUCUUUAAUAAUACGUGAAGGGCUUCAAGAAAUAGCGUUUAUCAAGUUGUACACGAUGUCGACACCCAAUACUCUGAACAUUCUGUGGCAAGUACCACAAUACGUUCUGAUUUCUGUCGCAGAAAUCAUGUUCGGCGUUGCAGGAUUAGAGUUUUCAUUCACCCAGGCUCCGAAAUGUAUGAAAACGAUUACGAUUGCAGGAUGGUAUCUUUCAGUAGCUGGUGGAAAUUUUCUGGUGAUAAUCAUUACUCAACUAAACAUGUUCAGAAGUCAGGCACAUGAGUUUUUCCUUUUUGCUGUUUUGAUGGUAGCUGACAUGAUGCUCUUCAUGGAAAUGGCUUCCAAGUACAAAUUUGUGGCAGUCUCCGAGAUAUCAUCUUCCACCACAUGUUUCAUGAUUGAAGACGUGCUGCCGUUUAUUGACGAAACGUCUUCUGACGAAACAGAGCUGAACUAAAUUAAAGAAAACCUUAGAUUUUGUUACAUGGUGGUAAAAUAAAUAUAUUAAUAAUAUCUUUGACUAA